AUGCUUUUCCCUCCGAGUAAUCAUAACAAAGUUAAUGCACUGAAUAUGAUUAUUUUUAUUUGUGCUUAUCGCUCUCUGUUUGUUAAGAUAAUUUACGAGCCGGCGAAUUCGGAUGCCUUGACAAUGGGCAGUUCGGCAACGCUGCGCUGCGAUAAUGGCUAUAAACCCUCGCAACAAAGCAAAAUAGUCUGCAUCACUGGCUCGUGGUAUCCGCUCGAAACGUUCGGGGAAUGUGUUGCCGUCUCAACCAGCGGUUAG